AUGUCGGCAACGUAUGCACGAUCAGAUUACAAUGAUGAAAAUUUACAUUGUCGUGAUGGUUCACUGUUGCGAAAAAAGCGGGAACAGUGGGCUAAAGAAAAAGCCGAAUUAGAUUCGUGGUUCCCAUUCGGUUCCCCAGGCGGUGGUGCGCCUAAUAAGAAGUAUGAACCUAUUAGUCCAGUUCAGCCUGAAAAACCGGAAAAUCGUCCAUCAUCGUGUCGUUCUAACGGUGACAGUGGACGUUGGAGUGAUUCCGAGAAUGUAGGACCAAUGAUGAUCGCUGGCUAUUUAGCACGUCGAACAGAUUAA